AUGCUAGAGAUGUUGAAGCAGGAACCAUCAAAGGACAACCCCAUCUUCUUUCCUACCGACUCAGAGUACGACUGGUUGUUGGCCAAGAUGUUUGUCAGAAGUGCAGAUUUCCAGGACCACCAGCUUAACUCCCACUUGCUCCGCACUCAUCUUCUGGCAGAAGUCUUUUCUGUCUCACUCCUGGGUAACCUGCCCAUGGUGCAUCCACUGUACAAGCUCCUGGUUCCACACACUCGCUACACCCUCCAGAUAAACGCCCUAGCCCGGAACCUACUCAUAUCUGACAGUGGAAUUUUCAAUACGAUCACCUCUUCUGGUGGAGAGGCUUUGCAAAAAAUCCUGCAACGAGCCACAUCAUCUAUGACCUACACCUCGCUCUGCAUUCGGGAUGACAUCAAGGAGAGAGGGCUGGAGUCUGUGCCUGACUUCUACUACAGAGAGGAUGGCUUCCAGAUGUGGGACAUCAACAGGUUUGUUCAGGGAGUGCUUGGCUACUACUACAAAGAAGACUCUGAUGUCCAGCGAGACACAGAGCUACAGACCUGGGUUCUGGGCAUCUUUGUACAUGGAUUCCUUUCACGGCCGGAAUCUGGAAUGCCGCAAAAAUUGAACACUGUAGCUGAGCUGGUGAAAUUCGUCACCAUGGUGAUCUUCACCGGUUCUUCCCAGCACGCUGCAGUAAACAACGGCCAGUUUGAAUACGGUUCAUGGAUGCCCAACACUCCAACGACCCUACAGCGCCCCCCGCCGACCACCAAGGGAACUGCAGAUGAAAGCUCCCUCCUGGAAACUCUCCCUGAUGUCAACGCCACCGUUAAUGGCAUGGCUGUUAUGUAUCUGCUCAGCAAGCAGUCCAGCGAUUUUGUGCCCCUUGGCCACUACCCUGAAGAGUAUUUCUCUGAAAGAGUUCCACACCAGCACAUGCAGCUCUUUAAAGGGGAGCUUGGAAUUUUAAGUUCAAAGAUUGAAGCCAGAAACUUGGGUCUGAAAAUCCCGUACACUUUUCUGGACCCAGCGUUGCUGGAGAAUAGUGUAGCCAUCUGAUAGCAUCAGCUAUGUGGGGUAGGAGGCUCUGGUGGUCCUGAAGGUGGACUCCCAGCUGAAGGUUUGGGUUCAAACUCCAUUGUCUACACGGUCUGCUGCCAACAACUUUAAAUUAAAAUCGUAAUCAUUUAAUUCUCAAAUCUUUAGAACUGGGAGAAGCAAAAACUGAUAAUAUGUGCAAGUGUUUGUUCCUCUGAAAUUGUUGGUUC